AUGGACGUAGAGGAGACCCAAACCACCUCCAACACCGUAAGGUCCGAAAUCACUGCACCCAAAGCGUCGGUUGCCGCUCCAAGGGCCAAUGUUAUGCGCCUCCCGCCAUCCGCCGCGGCAGUCAGAGAAAUAGGAGAAGAGCAGCUAGUAGAGCCACAGGGGCCUCCAUGUUGCAGCCUGUGCCAGCGCCCGCACGCUCUAAAACGAUGCACCAUCUUCCAAAGUAUGAAGUUCGCUCAACGUCAACAGGUUGGAAGGGCUCACGGACAUUGCAUGACCUGCCUGGCAGAUAACCACGCCACCAUAGAGUGCUGGGCUGACGGUGCCUGUCAAUAUUGCCACAGGCCGCACCACACUCUGUUCCAUCGAUUUCCGACACGAGCCAAUCACAACAAUUCCCGUACCAGACCACGCAGCGAUCCUAUUCGGCGACGACGACGCACCCAACCAACCACAAGACGUACGCGGCCAUCUCCGCCACGCCACGCUCAUCGCCAGCAACAACGACGCUCAACAGGGUUGAGCGCUGUACUCAGUACACUACAACAGCUACAGAGGCUCCUAGCCGAUUAA